AUGCUGGGACUCAAAGCGACGACUCUGGUGGCGCUCUGCGCGGGCAGCGCACUCGCCCAGACCCCGAUCCGGGUUGCGAGCUUCAACAUCAGAUACGACAACUCAGAUAUCAGCAUCGCGGAUAGGGAGCUGUGGUGGGGAGGUCUGACCUGUGCGAACGACCCCUACCAGUGCCGCAUGUUUGGUGUGAUCGGCGAGCUCGCCAAAGUGACCGCCGCGGGCGACUCCUUCGUGGGCAUGCAGGAGGUGCUGGACAACCAGCUGAACGACAUCAUGGGCGCCAUGAAGCAGCUCGGCCCCUGGGAGCACAUCGGCGUGGCGCGCGACGACGGCAAGAGCGGCGGCGAGUACAAUCCGAUCAUCUACAGGACGGACGUGUUCGAGCUCUUGCACGAGGAGACAAAGUGGCUGUCCCAGACGCCCGACAAGCCGUCCAAGAGCUGGAACUCGGGCAGCAACCGCAUCGUGACCGUGGGCGUGUUCAAGCACAUCGCGACGGGCAGGCUCAUUCUCAUGGCCAACACUCACCUGGACAACGCCGUCGCCGAGGCCCGCACCAACCAGAUCGGUGUUGCCGUCGACAUCAUCAAGGCGGUCGAUGCGGCCUACGGACCUAACCUGCCUACCUUCCUGACUGGUGACUUCAACUCGGGCGACACGGACCCUGCGUACAGGACCCUGGUGGGCGAGAAGUACCUCCAGGACUUGUACGCCACGGCCUCCCCUGCGCAGCGCAGUCAGCGGUUCUACACGUACACCGGUUUCGCGGGCGAGUAUGCGUCCCGGAUUGACUACAUCUGGUUUGGACCUUCGUCUGGUCCCGCCGGUGGCCCGAUCACCAUCAAGGGAUACUCGGUCGAGGACAACACCUGGGGACCCGGCGUCAUGAGCGAUCACCGAUGUGUGGUCGGAGAUGUCACCCUUGGCUAA